UUGUAGAUCUCUUUAAUGACUGUUCUGGAGCAAACAACCAAGUUGUCUCUAAAAAUCAUUUGUUUACUUUUUUUUAAUAGAAAAAAACCUCGAAUGCAUUAAUUGAAAUCAUUGUCUGAUUGGAGUUGUACCGUCUCAACUGCUUUACCAGUGUUGUUGUGUGACGUUAUUACUUGACCCAUCUUUCGAAAGUUAAAUGUACUCCUGUUUUUUAAGAAUUGGGUUGAUAAUGGAUUAUUGUUUAACAGUUUAACAAGAAGGGUCAGAUGUUCGAAUAUGUUGGAUUUCUUUAAGAAUAUAUAAUCCUAUACCCCCUUUACGCUUUAUUCUAUUACAAAAGGCUUGAAAAUGUUGAUGUAAACUGUAGAUCUUCUCUUCAUUAUAUGCCAGAAUUAUUUAUAGGAAAUUCAGAUCCCUUCCUGAGUACUAAGUUUUUCUAAAUUAAGGAGAUAAAACCAGCCCUAAAUAUAAGUUUUUAUCAAAAAGGAAAGUUAUAAAAGUAAUUAUAAUGGCAGAGAGGGCGUCUGCUUUCUGAACCCAAACUGGAAGCUGGUUUUAGGAGUUUGUAUGUUUUAAAAAAGAACAUGGAUUGUUAUAAAGAUUUUUGAGUCCUUUUCCUAUAUUUUAUCUCGACAAGAUGGUAAAUGAAAUUCGAGUUGAGUUUGAUGAUGUUCAUAAACUAAUAGAUUUUUCUUACCAGACAAAAGCUGUAGUUGCAGUUGGAUACAGAAUUGUAUAAAAUGAACUUGGUCUCAACCAACUGCAACAGUAAAAAUCCUGCUUUUACAUUAACGCUGAAGUAAAAAUGAUAGUGUAACAGUCACAUGGAACGUUGUCUGCAUUGAUAUUUGUACAGGUUUACCAUUUUCAAUGCAGAGCUUUUACUCAGAGAGAAUACAGGCUGGAUCCUCUUGCAUGUAUUUGUGACUCUUUUUUGUAACAGAGAUGGCAGCCUCUAAAUUUAAGCGUUCACUGAAGAAAAAGCUCAACUCAGAACUCAGUGUGAUCAUCAGUAAUCUGAGGAAGGAGAACACCUAUCUGAAGAAGACUCUAGCUGAGGUGUCCCGUCAUCAUGCAGAUCAUAACAAGCUUGUAGAGAGAUUUCUCUCUCUUGAAACCAUGAGGCUUGAGGGUUGUCAGCAGUUGACAGCAAAAGAUGAAAAAGCUGCUUUAUCAACAGAGGAGCUGUGCACAAAAGAAGGAAAUUCCACGGACGGAGUGACUAUGAGAAGGAAUAGCACAUCCAUUUACACAGAAGAGCUUGAAGAAAUUAAGAACAAGCUUGCAUCCAUCUCAUCUAAGUGUCAGUAUCUCGAGAGCAAAGUUUCAGAGAAGCAGGAGACACCUGAGCAACAGGCUUCUAUCAGUGAUGGAGUUGUCUCAGAGCUUCAAAGUCAACUAAAUGAUGCCUUGAAGAAGAACAAGCAGUGGCUGGAAUAUGACCAGCAGAGAGAGGCCUAUGUUAGGGUGGUUGUGGCCAGAAUAUUAGAGCUGGAGAAGCAGCUGAGACAAGCCAGUCAGACCCGCUCACAACACCACAAUGAGGACUAUUCAGAUGAUGUGAGACUGAGCCAGAUGCAGGAGCGCUAUAAAGAACUUCUGCAGAAAGCUAAAAAUGAAAAGGAGGUUCUUCAGGAACAGGCUGAAGUGACUCAACAGAGACUGACAAUCACCCAAAACCGGUGCAGGGAAAAGGAGAAGGAGGUGGAUGAGCUCAAACAGCAGCUGCAGAGUGAAAGAAUGAGCAAAGAAAGUGCACAAGAGGAGCACCAUAGCUCACAGGAUGAAGAGCAGCCACAGAGGGAUGAGGCCAAAGAACUGAAAGUCAGGCUGAAUGAAGAGAAGCGAAGGUCAGCAAGCUUUGAGAUGCAGGCGAAUCUCUUUCAGAGAUAUAUGUUAAAUCGUCACCAUGCAGACCAGGAAAGGGUUGAUGACCUGCAGAGACGGAUCAACAUUUCUUCACAAGAUCUUGAGGAUGAGAGGCAGAACUGUUCAUAUUUAAGGAAGCAAUUGAUCAGAAUUCUGAAGGUGCCCUCAAAAGCAAAACAAUCCAAGGAAAACCAGCAGGAAAGUGAAGAGCUGCAUCUCCCAUCCCAGCCCUCCAGGCACAGCCUGACAUCCUCUGCUCACAGCAGCAUCCUGAAUGAAAGCUUACUGGAGUGUCCCAGCUGCCAGGCUGAGUAUUCAGCCAGUCAGUACCGAGAGCUGCUGCACCACCUGGAAAACUGUCUAGAGUGAGCUGAUCUUUCUGAAACCUCCUCAGUUCUGUAUCUUAAUAUGGAUUUGUUUUUUCAUCCAUAAUCUGUAAAGACAGGUUCAAGUUAAUAAACUGAAUUGUUGAAUUGUU